UACCAUUGUAUAAAGAAUAUUCUUUAUACAAUGUCUGAAGGUAAACAAAUUGUUUGUGAUCUGUGAGUGUUGGUGUAGUUGUGGUGUAAACCAGUGUGUUAAAUAAGAAUAUCAACAACGGUUCCAAAAAUUCCAACGUGGAUAGGAAGUGAAUAGAGGUGACAAUGUAUACUUAAGUAUACAGAGACUCUAUUUUCGGGCAACUUUUAAACAUACGAACAGUAGAAAAUAUUAGGUAAGCAAAACUUAAUCCUAGUGUGGCAGCAUUACUAGAGAAAAAGUAGUUUAAAGAAUCGAUGUUGGCAAAUAACUACAGUAACACAGUCUCUUUAGUUUUUAUUGGUUAUAAAUAUUUUUUGUUUACUUGAACUUACAAAUACCGGUAUAUAGAAUUGCGUAUUUGCGAAAACAUAUGAAUUAAUGGGCAGUUCAUUUAUUAUUUUUUUUUUCUCAAAUUUAUAUAAUUGACAUCCUUUUAGUUUAGAAAAUAUUAAUAUUUAUUAUGUGAUGAAUUAAUUCUAAUAUAUUCAAUACUGCUGCGUUGAAAAAACCUUGUUGACAGAAUAAAUUAUCUCAGACAUAUUUUACGCGUUUCUUGUUGCUCAAAUUAAUCAAUCUUAGUAAUUAUGGAAACGUCAAAUCGAAAAUUGCGAUCUUUCAAGUAUUUGUCGAGAAGUAAUCGUGUCAUUUAAAAGCAGAACGUUGAAUAUUUUAUAUAAAACCAACCCACCGCUUUUCCGACCUCAAGCUUCUCCAUCCUCUGUCUCCCUUAUGGAUAUUUUGGUUCUUCUAUUCUUGUUAAUUUGAAAAAAGACGUUCAAAUAACGGCCCUAUUCCUGUGGCUAUUAUGUAGAAGUCCCUUUGAAAUUUCCAUAAUCAUCUUUUGGUAGCUGAUUCCACAGGCUUUAACUUCUCCACCAAGGAGUCCCGAUAAACUGACGUUUCUAGGCGUCUGUGUUUAUAAGCCACGUCAGGAUUGAAUACUGUUUUGAAUUAAAUAUAUACAAUCUCUCACAACUUUUUUGAAGACAACAAAAAACAAGUUCCAAAAUAUGCGAACGUCAUAAAACUGUUUUCUAUUUUUCCUUAUUUACGUAGACUAUAAUAACUGGAAGGUCGUAAAAUAAAUAAACUUGUUGCUUUAAUUUUAUGGCCUUGGCAACAUUAUAUCGAUGAAUUUAAAUGGAGAGGAUGUAAUUUAGUUAGGUAUAAGUGUAUUCGCACAUUUAGUACUCUUUGGAAGCACAAAUCUCUUUUUAUGUGAGUUUGUAUACUCAUAACUGUGUUUAUUAAUUACUGAUAAAAUAUGGAACAAGAUUUAUUAUGCUGCAUUCAAAACAAUGUGCGUAAAUAUUUUUUUCGAGAUUAAUUGCAAGUGUUUUGUUGUAGUGAUUGAAUAGUUAGAAAAACUAAUGUGAAAAUAUUGCUCUAGUAAAUAAAAAAUAGUUUAAAAUAUUCUAAUAUUUAAAAGCAUACAAAUCGCAUUUUCGGCGCGAGAGACUAUAGCGCAUUAUUUAUCAUUAGCAAGUAGAUAUUAACGAUAUUAUAAUAUUUAGUUCUUCUUUUUCUUCUCUAUUUUGGCCUCCACCUAAACAGUAUUCAGCCAGCGCUGGUUUUCGCUUUGUUUUCUGUUUUUCUGUUUCUUUUUUAAUGACUUCUUGUGAGUUAGACAUGUUAGAAAAAGACAAUCACAACAGAAUUUCACACAUUUGGGAUGUUGGCUCGGUUAGGAAAAAUAGGACCAGGGUCUUAAUAGGAAGGAUUCUCAAUAUCUCAAUCUUGUAGGUAUAUUUUGAUAAAUUUCACGAUUAGAUUCAUAAUAUUGUAGUUUUCUCAGCUUAAAAUAUUGGAUAACCUAAUUGGUGUAGGUAUUUUUAGUUCAAUUAGCUUGUUAUAUAUAUAAUAAAUCGUGUUGAAUCGAAUUGUACCAUUUUCCUUUGUUUGUAAAUGAUUUUUUCCAAUGUUCGUUGUGUUCUGUUUUAAUUUGUUCUUUGAAAUGUAAGUAUGUAAAUGUCUUCUUUAUCUAUUUUAAAAUUUUCGGCUGGAACAUUAAGAUUUCUUCCGAUUUGCGUAAGUUGCCCAGCCCAGCCCAAGAAUCCACCUGUGAAAAUCCAUGUAUAUUCACUGUAUUUCGCUCUCUGUUUGGUAUUUUAUUUCUUCUUCAAAGCACGGGUCUAUUCCGCUUACGUAAAUAUUUUGAUUUGUUUCUUCAAUUCGAUUUUUUGCUUCAGUUCAGUUUUUUCUCUACACUUUUCCCGAAGUUUGUCAGUUAAUUCUUGUAAUGGAUUUUGAUCUUUUGUGAAUAUUUUCAAGUAGAAUUUAGUCCCAAGAGAAAUAAAACAAAAAAAUAUCAAUAAUUUCAUUUAUUUAAUAAUUUUGUCUUCAUUAUACCUUGACAAUUCUCAUAAUAAUUGGUUUAUGAAAUGACAAAUAACAGGAUUCGAUGUAGAUUGGGGCCAAUUGUCAUUUGAUGUUGAUCAAUAUCUUUCGAUCUACAGGGUGUCCCAUUAGUGUGUGAAAGAGCACUAACUGUAUGUCUUUUUUCCCAUAAAUUGUGACGUUGCCAAGUUGGAGCGAAAAAUAUGAAGAUUUGACGAAAAUUGGUGCACUAUAAAAGCUGCUUAGUAAACGUUAUUAGUUAGAAGGAAGUAACUAAAAUUGUUUGGUAAGUACGAAGGUAAAUGAUGGCUGAAAUGUCUGAAUAGAGUAGAAGUUUUGUUUGGGGUUCGGGGUGUUUUUUAGAUAAGCAUUAAUUCAGGAGAUUUCAAGCGAAAACUUCAUUUUUUUAAUUUCCAUUAUUAUGCAACGGAUCAACCGUAUUGUACCUCAAUAUAUAACGACUUUCUCGAUUUAACAAUUUCUUCGUAAUCCCCUUGAAUUGUCCGUAAGAGUCAAUGUAAAAUAUACCUUGACAAAAAUAGGUCAAAAAUAGGACAAAAAUAAAUAUUUUUUUUUAAAGAAUUGUAAAUAUUUAUACAUUGUAAACACAUGAAUUAUGCUAUCGCUAAUUUACCUCUAUUGAGCUACGUGAAUAUCAAAAUUAAUUCUCGAAAUUCCAACCCUCAACGUUACCCAAAAGUACGGAUUAUUAUUGGAGGAAUGGAGGAUGCGUAGUAAGCAGGACCAGACAGAUGAAAAUCGUCGGCCGGGUUUUCCGAUUUCAGUUGUUUCUCAGAUCUCCAGCAGGCGAAACAAGGAUACGAGAUGGGACUGCGCCUUAAUGUGCUAAUUGUUGCUUCGACCCUUGUUGCUCUCUCCUGUGGGAUUCCGACUUCUUUAGUUGAAGAAAUCAAGUCCAGCGAGCUUAGGAAUAAUAAAGUUAAAAGAUCUCAUCCAAAUGAGUUAGUCGAUAUCGAAAGCAAUGAAGCAGAUGGAUCUUUAUACAAACCUUCAGCAAUCAAAAGAGGUGUAAGUCUAGAAAGUAAGCUUCCAUCAGAUCUUCAGUGGGACCAGGACCGAACAGACCUUCUUAUUAAUAAAAACUAUCUGCCCAAUGUAACUAGUUUAUUCCGAUAUCCUGAUGGUUCACCUGAUGAAACGGAAAAGAAAAUCAGAGAGUUUGAAAAAGGUUAUCAAUAUGCGAGGAAUAACGAUGAUCUGGACGAGGUAUUAGAAAAUGCUGUAUUGAAAUCUGGAGUUUACGGAGAUUCUGGAGGUUUGAAUCAAUACAGGUUCCAGUCGCGGCUGAAACGAGAUGUUGAACUUUCACCAGAAGAAGUCUUAACGCUACUAUCUCUUUAUGAAAAUAGUCGUCAACAUCAAAUUCCUCAAAGUGAUAAUUAUCGUUAUCCUUGGACUAGAUUUGAGCCAACCGUAGACACGGAUCACUUACAAGAACAAGAUGAUGACAACUGGUUAAAUACUCCCGUCGUUUAUUCUCAUGCUUCUUCGUUUGACAAAGAUUCGGACCCUAAGUAUUUAUACGAGAGUAGACCGGAAGAUGUGGAAGUCAAAGAUAGAUGGCGAGGGUUUGGAGUAGAUGGAAGGAGCAAACGGUUCAUGAUAUCAAAACGAAAGAGCCUCGACCCAACAAGAGAACUAAGAUAUAUCAAUGGACCAAAUAAGAAUGACUUUCAUACUUUAUCUCAACUUUUGAGUAAUCAAAGAGGAUCCGAUAAUCCAAUAUAUCGUCGGCUAAUUUUGUAAUUUGGAAGGGAAUUGUAUCAUAUCAAAAAUCAGGAUUUUUGGUACCUAUGGAAAUACAUAUUAAUAUAAUAGAUUGAUUCUGUAUUUUAUUAAUUAUAUAGUGAAUUGAAAUAUAAUUUCGAAUACUGGAAUGGCUUAUAUUAUGUAAUGUGGUUCUCUAUUUGCUUCUUUGCCUGUUUUUUUAUCACUAUAUCUUCAUAGCUCAGACAUAACCUGCAUUCUUUCAACAGUCUUCAACUAUUCUGUUUAUUGCCAUCGUUUACGCUCCAUUAAAUUUUUUGUACGUUACAUACGUCCACAGAUUAUGCAGAUUUACUUCCAAGUCAUUUCCUUUAUUCUAGAUUUUACUUCAAUACAAAAUAUUGAGAAUUGGUGUAUAUUUCUUAACAUAUGAAUAAAUAUAUAUUAUGUUUAAUGUAUCAGUGUCGUCAUUAAUUAAAAUAAUAAAUAAUGCAAAA